AUGAAUUUAUUAAAAUCUAUUGUUCAACCAUCACGAAUCAAUUUAUUUUCUAUUCCUCAAAGAACUUUAUUUGAUAUUCAAAACGUAUGGGGUCGUACAGCUGUCGAUACACAAAAACCGAUUGAUUCCAGUCCUCUCGGUGAAAUGCCACGACAAGAUGAAUCAGUCGGUAUUUUAUCGGGUGUACCUCGAAAUAUGUUCAAAGAACGACGUUGUCGUAUAUUUGUAUCGGCUCGUAAUGCUAUGCAAUCGGGAACAAAUAAUACAAAGAAAUGGAAAGUUGAAUGGGACACAAAAGAACGUUGGGAAAAUCCAUUAAUGGGUUGGGCAUCAUCUUCUGAUCCUCAUUCAUCAGUUGUCGUCGAAUUUGCUACUAAAGAAGAUGCUAUAAUUUAUUGUGAACGUAUGGGUUAUAAAUAUGAAAUUGCUGAAUCAACUCCAACUCCUCGUUUCAAGAAGACAUAUGGAGCGAAUUUUUCUUGGAAUAAAAGAACACUAAUGAUAACAAGUCUAUAUAAUGAUGUUUCUUCACUUUUAGAUUGUGACCUCAUGCAGAAUAGUUUGAUAUUUCGAACGGCUAUUGCCGUAUGUCUUAUCGUUUUAAAUUUUGCUACGUUAACAAAAAAUUAUGAUAUAUCUGAUGGACACUUAGAAAUUCUUUUUAAAAAUUGGCUUGAUCGCAGCGAUCGUGAAUAUGAUUCAUUUGCUGAAUAUCAACAACGAAUGAGUAUUUUCAAAGAAAAUUAUAUUCAAAUUCAAAAAUUAAAUGAAGUUUUCGGAGAUGAUAUGACAUUUGAAUUGAAUAAAUUCGCUGAUCUAACAGAAGAUGAAUUUCGAAAUACAAUUUUAAUGCGUCCUCAAGCACCACCUAUACAUUCUCGAUCAAGAUAUAUGGAGAUUCCAACUGUUGGAGAUCUACCUGAUUCAUUCGAUUGGCGAGAUCAUAAUGCAGUUACACCAGUAAAAGAUCAAGGAUCGGUGGGUACAUGUUGGGCUUUUUCAACUGUUCAAAAUGUCGAAGGUCAAUGGUCUAUAAAAAGUAAAACAUUAACAAAUUUAUCUGUUGAACAAAUAGUCGAUUGUGAUGGCAUGCAAAGACCUGAUUCAGGACAAGCUGAUUGUGGUGUUUAUGGUGGUUGGCCAUUUCUUAGUUUUCAAUAUUUAAUGAAACAAGGUGGUAUUGAAUCUGAAUCAACUUAUCCUUAUUGUGCUGGAAUAAAAAAACCAUGUGAACCUUGUAAUGCUCCAGGCUAUAAUAAAACUUUAUGUGGUCCUCCAAUUCCAUUUUGUUAUAUAAAAGAUAGUUGUGAAAGUAGACUUGAUUCAACACAAUUUGUAUCAGGUCUUAAAGUAGUCGAUUGGAAAGCAAUUGAUGAAGAUGAAACAAAUAUUACAGCUGCUUUAAUGAAUACUGGUCCAUUAUCUGUUGCACUCAAUGCUGAAUUAUUACAAUUCUAUCAUAAAGGAAUUUUUAAUCCAGUUUUUUGUAAUCCAAAAAACCUUGAUCAUGCUGUACUUCUUGUCGGUUGGGGAAAAGAAGGAUCAAAACCUUAUUGGAUUGUGAAAAAUAGUUGGGGUGUUAAUUGGGGUGAACAGGGUUAUUUUCGUAUUUUACGUGGUAAAGGUACAUGUGGUAUUAAUACUCAAGUGACAACGGCUGUACUCGGCUAA